GAUGAAGAAGAGGAGGAGAAGAUUGGGAAAUCUGUUAGUCAUGGAGACCACGUUGAGACAUUCUCUACAUCCAGAGAGCAACAGCAGGAAGAUCACAGAGAUAAGAGGUCUCACAACUGCCCACAUUGUGAGGAGAUUUUCCCAAUUCUAUCAAAGCUAAAAAUACACCUAAAAAUGCAAAGAGGAGAGAAUCUGUAUUCCUGCACUGCCUGUGAGAAGAGCUUCACAACAUCAAGGGAUCUGACAGUUCCAGAGCACACUGGAGAAAAGCCUUACUCCUGCACCGACUGUGGGAAAUGCUUCAAUAGAUCAUCUAAAUUAACCAUUCAUCAGAGAGUGCACACGGGAGAGAAGCCUUACUCCUGCUCUGACUGUGGAUCGAGUUUCUCCCAAUAUGGCCACUUAAAAUCACACCAACGUAUACACACCGGAGAGAAGCCAUACUUCUGCGCUGACUGUGGGAAUAGCUUCACAACAUCAAGGGCUCUGACAAUUCACCAGAGAGUGCACACAGGAGAGAAGCCUUAUUUCUGCUCUGAUUGUGGAAAGAGUUUCUCCCGAUUGGAUACCUUAAAAAAUCACCAAUUAAUACAUGAAGGACAGAAGCCUUACUCCUGCUCUGACUGUGGGAAAUGCUUCAUUAAAUCAGCUAAAUUAACCAUUCAUCAGAGAGUGCACACUGGAGAGAAGCCUUACACCUGCUCUGACUGUGGAGAGAGUUUCUCCCGAUUGGAUGCCUUAAAAAGUCAUCAACUAAUACAUAAAGGACAGAAACCUUACGUCUGCUCUGACUGUGGGAAGAGUUUCUCUCAACUGGGCAACUUAAAAACCCACCAACGUAUACACUCAGGAGAGAAGCCAUUCUCCUGUUCUGACUGUGGGAAGGGAUUCUCCGUAUCGGGCAACCUAAAAACCCACCAACGUAUACAUAAAGGAGAGAAGCCAUUCUCCUGCUCUGAUUGUGGGAAGAGUUUCUCCAUGUCAGGCAACUUAAAAACCCACCUACGUAUCCAUAAAGGAGAGAAGCCUUACUCCUGCUCUGACUGUGGUAAAUGCUUCAAAACAUCAGCUGAGGUAAAUGUUCAUUGGAGAACACACACAGGAGAGAAGCCUUACCACUGUGACUGUGGGAAAAGUUUCUCCAGGUUGAAUACCUUAAAAACCCACCAACGUAUACACACAGGCGAAAAGCCAUUCUCCUGCUCUGUCUGUGGGAAGAGUUUCUCUGUAUCAUGCAACCUAAAAACCCACCAACGUAUACACACAGGAGAGAAGCCAUUCUCCUGCUCUGACUGUGGGAAGAGUUUCUCCAUAUCGGGCAACCUAAAAACCCACCAAUGUAUACAUAAAGGAGAGAAGCCUCACUCCUGCUCUGAUCGUGGUAAAUGCUGAGCUGGCUGGAGUGUUUACGGACAUAUUCCAUCUCUCCCUAUACCAAUCUGUUGUACCCACUUUGCUUCAAGAUGUCCACUGUUGUUCCUGUAGCCAAAAAAGCG